UACACACCGCACAAAGCGAUGGUUCUUGCGGACUUCUUGAUCACUACUGGCGCCGUACUAGGCUUCAUCUCGCUCUUCAAGAACGUACUCACCUUCGCCCAAUGGCUGUACGCCGCGUUCCUGAGGAAGCCGAAGGACUUGCGUGACUACGGCUCAUGGGCCAUCGUCACUGGCGCCACUGACGGCAUCGGGAAAGCCCUGGUGUUUGAGCUCGCCUCCAAGGGCCUCAACCUCAUGCUCGUCGGUCGGAACCCCAGCAAACUCGAGGCCACCUCGAGGGAGCUGAGGAUAGAUUCGGAGCAACCACCGAGGUCAAGACCGUGGUCGCCGAUCUCGCGAAGCUGAGCGGAGAGGAGAUAGCGGCGGCCAUUGCAGGAGCGACGGAAGGGAUCGACGUCGGGUUGCUGGUCAACAACGCGGGGAUGGCUUAUCUCCCGAAAUACUUUCACGAGGUGGAUCGAGAGUUGACGGAGAGCAUG